CGCGCACUCCAGUACAGCACGCGCCUGUGCAGCCGUAUGGCAGCCGUAUGGCGCUAUACUCGACCAAAUGAAUGCAGAAUCCCGACCAUCGACCACAUGAAAACAAUAUCAUUAACGCUGCCUCAACGUCGCUGACGUUCUACCCAGCCUAUGCCUUCACAGCCUCCGAGACCUGGUCGAAAUGGGUCAAACUGACCGCCCACGACAUUCAUCAUGUGCUGAAGCCUCACGAGAAGUACGCUGAGACUACCACAACGCUCGCGCACCCUGACACUGCCACACACCACAACCAUCGCGAUGCGGCCCUCCUGCUCUUCUACCUGAACCACCCCAUCCAAUUCGUCCAAGUUGUCGGCGUGGUCGUGGCAUUCGAUGAGUACUUCGAGAAAUUCUGGCUUUUCACCAUCGAUGAUAGCAGCGGCGCGACUAUCGACGUGACUUGCCCGAAGCCUGAGAAGGAAAAGGCCGCGGCCAACUCAGCGCAGCACGGGAAGUCCAAGUCCAAUGGCGGCGAGGAGUCCACCACGGAAGCAGCCAUUCUCCAGCGCAACGUCUCAACUCUAACCAUCGGCACCGUCGUCCAAGCAAAAGGCACUCUCUCGACGUUUCGCUCCUCACGUCAACUCUCACUCCUCCGCCUCGCCAUUGUUCCCGACACCACACACGAAAUGACCCUGAUCGCGUCUCGCAUUACGUUCUUGAACUCGACUCUCGGAAAACCCUGGACCUUGUCAUCAAGACAACUCAAGGAACUGCAAAGGGAGACCGAAGGCGAGAAAGAACAAGAUCAUAAUCGCGCGGUCAGGAGAAGGAAGCGGGAGGCCAUGAAGCACCAAAGAGAAGAACGACAUACUAGAGUGAUCCGUAAGGCGUAUGAGAAGGAGGAACAGGACAGACGUAGGGCUGCUGAUGAAGCAAAAGUCGCUGGCGAGGUCUUGCGUGCUCAGCUAAAACGGGGCAAGCGAUCGGCUGGAGGACUGAAGGACUGAAGCAACAGAGAGAAGAGAGCCCCAUGGCCAAGUCGUGCACCGGAACGCGUCGGGUACCUAUUAUAGCUUUGCAUAGAAGCUGACCAGGAAUAGCUGGAUAUCACGAUAGAGAAGAUCAAUUUGAUGAAGGAAUUCUUGAAAUUUGGCAAUGUACAACAC